UAAAUGUGAUGCGCAGGAGGUGUGUUAUCUGUGAAAGCUAGAAAGGCAAACAGGCAAAGCAAAGCAAAUCUUAUGAAAUAUUUUCCUCUUAUUUUGUUUCUGCUCCGUUUCAAACAAACAUUUAAAAUAAUAAGAGAACAAAUAUGUUAAACUUCUGAAGUCGUGUUUGCAGUAUCUGCGAAUAAAUUUAUUAAUAAAUCAUAAAAUGGCUACCGUAUUUGAUAGUCCUUUCAUUCGACAACGUUUGCAUCGUUUGCGGCAUCGCGACUUUGACUUGGACGAGGAUCAAAGAUUUGGUCGAUGUGAUUGUACCAGUUAUUCCUAUUUUGUUCUAUCGAUGGUUCUAUUUUCUGUUGGUACCGUUAUAACAGUACUAGCCUUGGGAGACACAGAUGGCUACAUAUUAAGCAACUUAGGACACAUGUGGCUUGUUGGACCAAUAUUUAUUUGUUCUGGAAUGAUGGUUGCAGUUAAGAGCAUGCUGUAUUUACGAAGGAAAAGUGUUAUACAAAUGCUUUUACAUCAGCGUGCAAUAAUCAGGGACAUGGCAGCUGUACAAGCAGAGCAAGCAUUUGGUGGCCAAGUGCCUAGAACAGCUUCGAGCGCUACCCUUCCACCUUCAUAUGAUGCUUUAAUCGCCAGUGCUACUACAAGUAAGCCUCAGCCCUCAGGCUCGGAACCGCCUCCACCCACAUAUGAUGAAGCUAUGUACCUCAUUGAUGAUGAGAAACUAAGAAUGGAAAAUAGAAUUGAGCAUAGUGCUAAACAAGAGACCAGUGACCAAACAUCUAGUAUCAACAAUGAUAUUAGUUUUAAACCGUGAAUUGAUUUACUUAAUUUUUUGUUUACAAUAGUCAUGUAAGUAAAACUUAAUUCUUCCUUUGUACUUAUAAUUUGCAUUAGUCAACUAUGUAAAUUCAUAGUAUUCUCAGAUGUGCCUAAAUAUUGACUUGUUGGCGAUGUUGUUAUUAAGGUAUUUUAGAUAAUUAAGGAAAGCCUUAUAGCUUAAGAUGAUAAAAUAUGAAUUUGAUAAGGUUUUACUCUCGCCCUGGAUAUUUUCGAUAGGAAUAUUGAUUCAUGUUUAAGUAUUUUUUUAGAAUGAAUCAAAGUGUGAACAAAAUUAGCUAUCAAAUUGUUUUUGAAAUGUAAUCAGAAAUUUAUAAAAUGCAAAUAUGUAAUGCAUUUAAUUAGUAAAAGUUUUAAGAUUUGUCCUGAUUUUUAUCAGGAUUGAAAUAAACUGUGUGCCUAAAUCUUUAAGUGGUGAUAUGACAUUAUUUUUGUAUCAUAUUUUUACUGGAAUAUAUUUGAAGCAAUAGAUCAAAUAUUUGCUAUAUUAAGUAAAAUUUUAUUGCUAUUCAGUGCAAAUAUUAGUAAUUCCAGCUUUGUUUCAUUGGUUGAUAAACAUUUGCAAUUUAGACAAUUCAAAUAAUUUCUAUUUUGACAAAAAAGGAAUAAAAUGAAAUGGUUCUCAAUUUUAUAACCAAUUUAAUUGAAUGACAUUUAUUAGGUCUAUUGCAUGUUGAAAAGUUUUUAAGUCUCACUAUACAGGAUGUAUAAAUUUAUCAAUUAAUGAAAAUGAGAGUUAGCACAGGAAGUGCAUAGAAUGUCAUUAUGUUUUCAUUUUAUUAAUAUACAGAAAAUUUAUAUUUUAAAAUUUAUUAGCACUUUGUAUAAUUGCAUUGUAUAAUCCUUAACUGUGAUCAUGUACUAUCAGUGAUAAAUUAUAGUAUACUCAGAAAUUACUAUGAAUUCGCUAAGAUAUAUUCAAUUGACAAAAUAUUUGGAUGAUUCCAAAUGAAUACAUUACAAUGAUGGUUGCAAUAAAACCUAAUUAUAUUUAGCUUCUAAGCACAAUUGCUUGCAAGCUACUGGCUUAGGCCAGCUACUGGCAUGUAUAAACACUGACAUGCAUGAUAAUAAACUGGCAUGUAAGUGGUGGGGGACUAUGAAGCUUGUCAGACAUAUCUCAUUCAGUCUCAUGUACUGGAAUGCUAGUUAAUAUUUCAUUUUACUGGCUUGUGUACCCCCCACUAUUACUACAUUACUAGUAGAUAUGUGUAACUUAUUUAUACUGCUGUAAAACAUGGGUUUCUUUGAAGUCUUUUUCAACUUAUAAAAGUUAUGUUGUGUGUUUAAAGAUAUCCACUUAAUGAACAAAUUCCUUUUUACAUGUAAUCAUGUUUUGGUGUUUUGAAUAGAAUGAAAAUAAUGAAUUAUUGAGAAUAAUCACAACAUAAAGCUAUCAAUGUUAGGAUUUUGUUUAAGAAUAAUAAUGUCCUAUCUCCUUGCAUUUCAGUUUUAAGGUUAAUUUACAAUGGUUUAUUUAAUUCUUAUUUUUAAAUGUGAUUAACAUUUUACAAUUUUUUUGUUAACUAAUGAAGUCAGUUUAAACAAAACCUCGAAUAGAUUAGUGGUCUGAUUUUGCACAUGAUGCAAAGACUGAAGCAUUUACAUAUAUUGUUGUUGGCAAUUUAUAUAAAGAGAAAUGUUUUGUACAUAGAAUAGUUGUAAUGUUGAUCUGAUAAUCUUCAGAAAGUGAAUUACAUCUAAAUAUGUAUUAUUAAAUUAAAAGAAAUUGGACUUUUCACUUAAAUUACAAUUAGUAUUUGAUUUCAUUUACAAUG